AUGGUAUAUGCCUAUCAAAGCAAGGGCAUUGUGUCGGAGGAAGGUGCGAAUCCAUUUCUCGAGCACCUUCCCCCUGAUACGCCCGUCUAUCGUUACGACCGACAGUGCGCCAUUGACACCCUUCUCCCUCCGUACUCAGUCGAGGAUCGCUUCAUUGUCUUGAAAGAUCUCCCGCCAGAGAUAUUCGCCGAAUCCGAAGAGAAAUUUCCCCGACGCUGUGAUUAUUCGCCACCCUUUCAGCUCCUUAUCAUCACAAUGCCAGGUCAACCACACGAGGAGGCCGCUUUCGGUUUCGAGAACGAGCUUUCGUUCCUUGCUCGGGAUAUGCAAGUCUUACGACGAAUUUCGGCUUGCGGAGCUACUCGAGUCGAUACACCUGACCGAAGCAAGAAUGCGGACCGGUCAUGGAAGCCAAGACGACAAGGGAGGGAUUUUCCAACGGUAGCUUUGGAAGUCGGGUUUUCUGAGACAACUGCAAAGCUGGAAAAGGACAUCGCUUGGUGGAUCAACGGGUCGAAAGGGGAAGUGAGAAUGGGGGUCACAGUCGACAUCAAAAGAUCCGGCUACAUUGAAAUCAAAUCCUGGACCCCAGCAUUCGACCCAUCUCUCCUCAGUGACUAUGUUACCGAAAGCGGCCGCCACGUCGUCGAAAGACACGACAAUAAUCUCCCGCCGCCUCAGAUCGCCCAGCGAAUCCUCAUCAAGAGAGGAAGGGAUGGCCAUGGUCCUACGGUUGAAGGGGAGGGCAUAACUAUACCAUUCCAUACUCUUCUGUUGGACGAACCAGGCGAAAGCGAAGAGGAUUUCGUGUUGACAGCUGAAAUGUUAUUGCAUAAUUUGGCAGAGCGUGUCUGGGAUGCGAUCGACGAUGCUGAAAUGAUCAAGGCCAAAAAGAGAAGCAAGACUAGAAAGGGAUAG